ACAACAGAGCUGGGUGGUACGUUGUACAGCUGCUUUGGCUGCACGGGGUGGCAGAUGUCAUUCUCAGAUGUCCGCGUCUGAUGUCACUAAAAAUCUAUUACAGGGGAGUGUUAUUCGCUUUUGCAUGGGUCUUCGUGAUCGACGGCAUCGAUUGCGAAGACGUCUUCCAUGGAACUAUCUCGAGCUGUCUUCUGUUAAUCUAGUGUAAAAAAAUCGUCGAGAAAUAAAGUCGUCCGAAGACGAGACUUCAAAAUGUAUAGACCGCAACAGACUCAGGACGAGCUGGAGCUCGAGACGAUGGCGGAGGUGGAAUUGUCAAGACUGAAGAGGCAGUACAGAAUAAUGGAGAACGAUCGUGCGGCGUGCGCGGAGGACGCGAGAUUGCAGCUCCGCAAUCAGCAAAACAUGAUCGAACAUCUGGAGCAGGAGAAGACCGAACUGGUGCUGGUGAUGAAGACCGCGAAGUCGAAGACAUUCGCGCGCAAGGACGAGGAGAUGAACGAGAAGCUGAGAUGUCUGUUGGAGAAGCGCGCCGGUUACAUCGAGCUGAUAGAGAACGAGAAGCGGCAGAUCGCUCAGCUCGACGAGCAGAUCGGCAAGCUCUCGAAGGAAGUUGGCAAUUUGAGAAUGAAAGUGCGCACCGACACGCAGUUGCGAGAAAUGACCGCGCGACACGCCAGGAUGAUACUCAUGCUGGAGAAUCGGGUGGAAGUGGCCACGAAGAGAUUCAAUCAGGUGAUCGCGGAGAACGCGAAGCUGCGCGCCGAGAUCGAGACACUGCUGAAGGAACGCGGGCAGUUCACGCAGAUGUGGAACAAGCUGCUCGGCCAACUGAACACGGGCAAGCAGAUCAUCAACGAUCUGAUCGAGCAGGCGACGAUCACGUUCAAUCAGCGGGACGAGGAGCUCAGCAAAAUCCAAGCCCUGCGCGAGAGAGGAAUAAGAGAUCUGAGAAACCACACGUCGGAGAUGUGCGAGCUGAAGAGAACCCUGGACAACGAGAUGAAGCUGCAGGAGUUUCUCGGUGUGAAGGGACAGUUCCGCGAGAUGGCCGAUCUGAACGCGAAGAAGGAGGCCGAGAGGCAGGCGAGGCGAGAGGAGAAACAGAACAAGAUAGCGGCCUUUACGCAAAUCCUGCAGACGAUUAAGCAAUUUACCGGUGAGCAAGACAUCGACAAGCUCACCGCGCACUUCAUCAAGCAAGAGGAAGAGAACUUCGCGCUCUUCAAUUACGUGAACGAGCUCAACGACGAGCUCGAGAGUCUUCAGGCGAGGAUGGAGCAGCUGACUGCGGCGAUUGACGAGGCGCGAGCUCAGAACGUGCAUCGCGAUCAGCAACAGGCCGAGAAUUUGGAGAAGAUCACGAAACAGCUGCAGGAUCAGAUCGCGUUGACCGACGCCGCGGCGAAAGAUCUCGCGCAGUGCAACGACGUGAUGGGCAAGCUGCUGCAGGGAAUCGACGAUCUCUUCAGAACGAUACGAUGCGACAACUCGCCAAUUCUGGAGCUGCUGGGCGAUAACACCCACGUGACUAUGAGCAACGUUAUGCUCUACUUGGAACUGAUCGAGAAGCGGAUCACCGAGAUGUUCCACAAAGUCUAUUGGGUGGACAAGGCCAGCAAAGCGGCGCAGCUGCGAGUUGACGAGGACAGAAAACCGAGGCUGAAGAUGCCCGGUCUCAGUCGCAUCGUGCCCACUCAACCCUGUCCUCUCUGCGUGGAGCACGAGCAAAUGCAGAUUGUUAGAGAAGGGCUGGAUUCGCCGCUGACACAUAUCGAAGCCUCGCAGAAGCUGCGGAAAAGGCUCGAGGACGAUUAUUCGGAGAUGCUUCAUAACGUGUCCGCCUGUCACUUACCGGCGGCUAGGAAGAUUAUGCAAAAACGCUAUCAAUAAACGGAAUCAUAUAACGUAAUUGCGCGCAUUUUAUUUCUUCACCUUCCAUCACAUCGCCGCGACCUGACGUUUGCCUGAUGUCAUAACGACGUGCUCGUAUGAGGAUUCGGCUUAUAAACGAUCAGAUUGUCGAGCGAAAGCGACGUGUUACACGUGCGCGUGUAAC